CACGUUUAUGAAUUACGAUGUGAAUGCGUACAGCAGUGAUAAAGACGGAAGAAGGCCAAAAAUAAUCUGCCAUCGGCCAAAUUACUUUGAUGACCUUGAUUUCCUUGCAAGAUUUCGCCUUUCAAAAAAUACUGUUGAAACUCUCCUGGACGAAGUCUAUGAAGAUUUAGUAUAUCCUACAAGCAGGAAUAACUGCUUAACGCCCCAACAGCAGCUGUUGUUAGCACUGCGCUAUUACGCCAAUGGAUUUUUUUUUAACUGUUGCUGGUGAUUUUGCUGGAGUUUCCAAAUCAACUGCAUCUUACUAAUAAUUAUUUUGCAUAUUUGUAAAUCGAUUCAAUACUUUCACUGAUGCUCAGUGAAUGACUCGAUACUAGAUGAAAGUUGUUUGGUAUAAGAUCUGUGAUAAUCCAUGGCAAGUGGAUAAGAGU